AUUACAUAUAUAAAAGCAUCUACUAUAGGGCCUAGCACAUAGUAGGCAUUCAAUAAAUGGUAGCUGUUAUUAUUAUUAUUGGCCAUUUUAUAUAUUUUAACCCUUUCCAUGUGUUCCUUCUGAAUGUCCUAAAGGGAUACAUAUAAUAGGUUCUUUAAUUUUAUCUUUGAUUUAGCAUGACUGCUAUCUUCCUGAUGUCCUUACUUUUUGGCCUUGUAUGUGGGCAAACGAUGUCUUUUUGUGUUCCAACUGAGUAUACAAUGCACAUCGAAAGGACAGAAUGUGCUUAUUGCCUAGCCAUCAACACCACCAUCUGUGCUGGAUAUUGUAUGACACGGGAUAUUAAUGGCAAACUGUUUCUCCCCAAGUAUGCUCUGUCCCAGGACGUUUGUGCAUAUGCAGACUUCAUCUACAAGACUGUAGAAAUACCAGGAUGCCCACGCCAUGUUGCUCCCUAUUUCUCCUACCCUGUUGCUGUAAGCUGUAGGUGUGGCAAGUGUGAUACUGACUAUAGUGAUUGUAUACAUGAAGCCAUCAAGACAAACUACUGUACCAAACCUCAGAAGUCCUACAUGAUGGGAUUUUCUGUCUGACUUCAAUACAGAUGUAAUUUGCAAUUUGGUUAAAUGUGUGUAUCUGGAACAAAACUAAUAAAAUAUCAACAUAUUUCACAACACCUUAUGUACACUUUGAGUACUAUUUCAUCCAUACACAUACCCAUACAUGCAUUAGAGGGCUGAAGGGGCUUUAGAAGGAAAGGUUAGUGAAACAACCUUUCAAGCUCAUAUAAAGGAUGGUUUCCUCACGAGAGGGUAGAGUGGAGGUAAAAUGGAGAACAGGGGCAUAAAAUGUUAAUGGAAGCCAACCUUGAGCAGACUCCCCUAACAGAGGGUCAGGAGGUUUGCCUUGUCAUAGAAAGUGAAUAUGGGACCACUAAGCAUUAUGAUGGUAAUGUGAUCAGAAGCUGAAGGAACAUAUGGCACCAGGGU